AAUUAAAAAAUAAAAUUGCAUUAUUACCCUCAACUCUCAAUCCCUCUUUUUCCCCUUCUUUCUUUCUCUUUUUUUCUUUCCUACCCAGAUCGACUGGGUUCCGACAAGUGGGGUAGCUGGGUUCGUCGAGCACUGCUUUCUAUGCUGCAUCUCACUUCAAAACUUCGGCACAUAAAUUCCUCCAAACCCUCCGAAAUCUCCCAGCUGCCGCUGAUUACCUCCUUUUGCAUAACUCUUUCGCAAAACACGAACAUGAAAUCUGCUCCGAUCCGAUCCGAUCUCGUCCGUCUUGAUCAUUUCAUUCGAUCCAAUGUUUCUCGCUUGUUGAAAUAUGAUCUCCAUGCUGUUCUCGCUUGCUGGUCCUGGUCACACAAACCCAACCUUGUUGGUCUUGGUUGCGCGAAUCCGGCCUUGCUGUCUGAAAAAAUUAACAGAUUCAGAAAACCAUGUCGUGUUCCGUCGCGGUAUCAAGCUCCCCAGUCUUCUCUCCUUCCUCGUCUUUCUUCUAUAACAAAACCUCAAUACUUUCUCUGUCAACGGAGGCUCUUAAUUUGACUUUAACCCACCUCAAAUCCACAUCUUCUCCUUCAUCACCGUUUCGUCUAAGGAUUCAAAAAACGUCAUCUGGGUCACUUCUCUCAUCCUCAUCUCCGUCUUCUUUGGGCUCCGGUGCGGGUUUUGGUCCCGGGUCGGUUUUGAAGAGGAAGAGGCUGACUAGACUGGAUAUACCGGUGGCGACUGCGAUGGCCUUUGUGGCUCCGUUGAUGGAGAGCCAGGGGUGUAGAGAGAUGGAGAGUGAAGGUGAUGGGUAUUUUGUUUAUUGUAAAAGAGGGAGGAGAGAAGCUAUGGAGGAUAGGUUCGUCGAAACCCAGUUGUUGGGUUCGCGCGACCAGCAAGGCUAGGUUUGACCAACCCAGGCUCGACGAAACUAGUAAGGUUGGGUUUCGACCAACCCAACCAUGCUGGUCAUGUGAACCUAGCCUUGCUGGGUUUCGACGCUGGGUUCAUGUUUUUUCAUUUUUCUUUCUAUUUUCAUUUUCGGUUCUUGAUAAAUUUGAGAGUUGAUUUACAAUUUGAUUACAUUUUUCUUAGAAUUGGAUUAGAGUUUGAUUGCAUUUUUGUUGGAAUUGGAUUAGAGUUUGAAUGAUAUUGUUUAUUGAAGGGUUAAUUUGAUUUGAUGAGAUCUACUGGCUUGAUGAACUUAGUGGCUUUAAUGAAACCAAUAACUGAGU